CCGGAAUCAUUGGUGUUCUAAUAUUUGCUGCGUUUAGUAGAACCUUUUUCUUCUACAUAGCUUGUGCCAAAGCUUCUAUGACUUUGCAUGAUAAUAUGUUUGUUGGUCUGACUCGAGCUACAAUGAGAUUUUUCUACAAGAAUGCUUCUGGAAGGAUAUUGAAUAGAUUUUCUAAAGAUAUUGGUGCCAUUGAUACUAUUUUGCCUAUGGCGUUUAUGGACUGCAUUUUCGUAAGAUAUUAUUUAAUUAUUAUAGGUAUAUUUGUUUUGGUUGGAAUAGUUGAUUAUGUUUUACUUAUUCCAACGUUCUUUAUGGGAAUAUUAUUUUAUGUAAUGAGAAGAGUAUUUUUAUCUACAAGUAGAAGUGUUAAGAGACUGGAAGGAAUCACCAGAAGUCCCGUUUUUACGCAUGUAAAUGCAACUCUGCAAGGUCUAACAACCAUUCGAGCAUUUGAUAAACAAAAAGAAUUAUCUUUAGAGUUUGAUGAACACCAGAAUCUGCAUAGUUCAGCAUUUUAUAUGUACUUAACAACAACCAGAGCGUUUGCACUAUGGCUUGAUGUUGUUUGUAUUAUUUAUAUUCUGGUAGUCACACUAAGCUUCCUGGUUUUAGGCAAUGAUCACGCACCUGGUGGAAACGUUGGUAUGGCGAUUACUCAAGUCAUUGGUUUAAUAGGUAUGGCACAAUGGGGAAUGCGACAAACCGCUGAACUUGAAAAUCAGAUGACCUCAACUGAAAGAGUUUUAGAAUAUACAAAAUUAGAACCAGAGCCUUCCUUAGAAACACCGCCAAGUACAAAUUUACCACAACCUUGGCCAACUGCAGGGCGCGUGGAAUUCAAGAAUGUCAGUCUUAGAUAUAAUCCCGAAGAAGAGUGUGUCUUGAAAAAUCUUAACAUAUCCAUAUCGGGUGGAGAAAAAGUUGGAAUAGUCGGUAGAACUGGUGCAGGAAAAUCAUCUUUAUUGUCUGCACUCUUCCGUCUAACAGAACAUGAAGGAAUAAUAGAAAUUGACGGAAUUGAUACUAAAAAACUUGGCUUACAUGAUUUAAGGUCCAGCAUUUCUAUUAUUCCCCAGGAGCCAGUUUUGUUUUCAGGAACUCUUAGGGGUAACCUUGAUCCAUUCAGUUGCGCCAGUGAUGAUCAGCUUUGGAAAGCAUUGGAAGAGGUUGAAUUGAAGAAAGUGGUCAGUGAAUUGACUUUAGGAUUGUACAGCAAAAUGUCGGAUGGUGGAUCCAAUUUUAGUGUAGGACAACGUCAAUUAGUCUGCUUGGCUCGUGCUAUUUUAAGGGAUAACAAAAUUUUAGUCUUAGAUGAGGCAACUGCUAAUGUUGAUCCGGAGACUGACCGACUUAUACAAUCAACUAUUCGUGAGAAAUUCUCUCACUGCACUGUUUUAACAAUAGCUCAUAGAUUGCAUACAGUGAUGGAUAGCGAUAAAGUCUUAGUAAUGGAUGCUGGCUGUGUAGUAGAUUUUGGGCAUGCUUAUGAUCUGCUUACAAAAGGUUCAGAAAUAUUCAAAAACUUAGUAGACCAAACGGGUAGCUCUACUGCACAAAUGCUUACAGAUAUAGCAAGAGCAGAUUUCCAAAAGAAAAAUGAGAAUAAAAAAACAGCAUAAAUUAUUAGAAGAUAAUUAUUGUGAGUAUUAUGUAGAUAAUUUAAGAUCGUGAUAUAGUAAAUGAAUUUAUAGAUCUUUAUAAUUUACAUUUUAU